AUGUCCAGAGUGGAGGGUUAUGGGGACUGUGAUCCUCGUUCUCAGCUGAAGACAUCCAGGACUGAGAUAGCCAUGGCAGUUAAUGAUGCCUUCCCACUGCUCUAUGGGUUGGCAGAUCAUAGCAUCAUCCCAGAUCACCUGUUAAGGGAGACCCUGGAGAAGAAGAAGAAGGAUGGGAUCCACAAAGCUGUAUACUCUCUUCUCACCUGGUUACUGGAUCAGGAAAUGUCUGUUAUCCAAGCCUUCUGGAACAUUCUAUCCAAAGAGUACAACCAGGAGAGCUAUCCCAAACUUCAAGGCUUGUUCUCAAGCCUACCAAAAGGGCUGAGACAGGGCAGUCGGUCUUUUGCUAGUCCCAGAGCGGAGCUUCAGUCCCGAGGUCAGCCAGGGAAGAAGAGAGGGGCGGGAGAGAAACAUCUGACUCAGCGUCCUCACCCUUACAACAAAAAAACAGUCCACACCAGCUCAGGAAGCAAAGGAAAGGCCUUGAGGAAGACAGAUAGUACAGCAGUCUCUCAGAUGACAGGAAAUGGAGUCCAGUCUCUAUCGACCUCUGUGCAGAGAGCGGUCACUCUGUCGUCCAGUGAGCUGCCCACUGGCUGUGGGACGGUGGAGGAGAUUUUAAUCCAGCAGGUCUUUGAGUCUGGUGGUGCCAAAAAAUGUAUCAAGGUUGGGGGGGAGUUCUACUCGUCUGCAAAGCUGGAUGAGACAGCAGCAGGGCUUUCACAGACUCAGAGUUACCACAGGGGGGAGCACAACACUAGAGUCACGGAUGUUGAGCGUAACGACGAUGAGUGUGCUGUGUGUAAAGAUGGAGGGGAACUCAUCUGCUGUGAUGGCUGUCCUCGUGCCUUCCAUCUCACCUGCCUGGUGCCUCCCCUCACCUCCAUACCCAGUGGAACUUGGAGCUGUCAGUCUUGCCAUGGCAACAGACCAAGGGAGACAACAUAUCUACCUGUACAGCAGCCAUGUCAGAACCAGUUGACAGAGACCAGUUCCAACUCUACAGUGGACAUUUCAUUCUUCUCCUCCCUCUCCUCUGCAUCUCUCUCUGGUGUUACCACCAGCAAGAGUGGCCCACCUUCAGGCUAUCAGUCUUCAGAUGGAGAGUUGGUUGGCAUUAGGGUACCCUGUGGUAUUUGCCACCUUACUCGUGGAGAGCUCAUAGUUUGUCCACAGUGUCUCCAGAGCUACCACUCCCACUGUAACUUCUCCACUGACAGAGCCAAAUGCAGGUCAUGCACUAGGUCCUGGGGCUCUGCAGAGAGUGAGGUGGCUCAGCGCAGUCUUGAGCAGGACUCUUCUCCUUCUGAACAGAUCCUCAAUAAAAAUGAGGUAGACUCAGUCAUGGGGGAGAGCUCAAUAGAUGGGAUCCUUCAAUGGGCCUUCCACAACAUCUCCCGUCCUCUCUCUGAGUCACAGAGCUACUUCCACUGA